AAGAGCUAGACUUCGCGUAUAGUUGGUGGUAUCGCUGGCCGGACGCUCAUCUGAACUAUAUGCGCGUACGGGCAUACGAUCAUGGCACGAAGUCCCUGGGCAGAUUUAUAAGCGCGUUCAAAUGGGCAAGGAGCAAUGUAGAACAUCCAGGAGGGUUCUCUUGGCUACUCCGCCCAUUUGCUCUGCUAUACCUCCGUUGGGCAAAAGGUUUUCUUACACACAAAGAUACACGAUCGCUAAUAACGAUGUCGCGCAUGGCAUUGAUCAUGUGGGAAGGAGUCAAGGACAAACAAUGGACAUUCCUAUCGCCUCCCGGUUUACUCAGGGACAAAGGAGUGCGCACGGGGAAAUAUGAGUUGCACAUUGACGGCGAGGAUGGCACAGCAGACGUUGCGGUUCAGGGUGGCAUUUACAAUGAAGACAUGGCCGUUGCUAUCGUUGACGAGGUGGAGAAUAGCAGGUUGACGUUCAAGCACUGGAGUUGCACCGGAGAGAUCGACCUAAAAGAAUGGUAAGACAUCUUUGCAGACAAGCUACGCUGGCCUGGGCUAGGCUCCUGGUAGAUAGGAUAGACGAG